GGCGGCUGACUCCCCGCUCGCCGCUCCGUCCGCCGCCGCGCCCCCAGGACCCCCCGCGCCGUCUCCUUCUUCGGGCUCCCGUCGUCUGCCGCCAUGAAUGAGGAGUACGACGUGAUCGUGCUGGGCACCGGCCUGACGGAAUGUAUCCUGUCAGGUAUAAUGUCUGUGAAUGGAAAGAAAGUUCUUCACAUGGAUAGAAAUCCGUAUUAUGGAGGAGAAAGUGCAUCAAUAACACCUCUGGAAGAUUUAUACAAAAGAUUUAAACUACCAGGAACACCACCGACAUCAAUGGGGAGAGGAAGAGACUGGAAUGUUGACUUAAUUCCCAAGUUCCUUAUGGCUAAUGGCCAGUUGGUUAAAAUGCUGCUUUAUACAGAGGUUACCCGCUAUCUGGAUUUUAAAGUGAUUGAAGGGAGCUUUGUCUAUAAGGGAGGAAAAAUCUACAAGGUCCCUUCCACAGAGGCAGAAGCCUUGGCAUCCAGUUUAAUGGGACUCUUUGAAAAACGCCGCUUCAGAAAAUUUCUAGUGUAUGUUGCCAACUUCGAUGAAAAAGAUCCUAGAACUUUUGAGGGCAUUGAUCCUCAGAAGACUGCAAUGCGGGACGUGUAUAAGAAGUUUGACUUGGGACAAGAUGUCAUAGAUUUCACUGGUCACGCCCUUGCACUUUACAGAACAGAUGACUACUUAGACCAGCCAUGCUCUGAAACCAUUAAUAGGAUUAAACUCUACAGCGAGUCUUUGGCAAGAUAUGGCAAAAGCCCAUAUCUUUAUCCUCUCUAUGGACUUGGAGAACUGCCACAAGGAUUUGCAAGGCUGAGUGCUAUCUAUGGAGGAACCUACAUGCUGAAUAAACCAAUUGAAGAAAUUAUUGUGGAAAAUGGAAAAGUUAUUGGUGUAAAAUCUGAGGGCGAGAUUGCUCGCUGCAAGCAGCUCAUCUGCGACCCCAGCUACGUCAAAGACCGGGUGGAGAAGGUGGGCCAGGUGAUCAGAGUCAUCUGCGUCCUCAGCCAUCCCAUCAAGAACACCAACGAUGCCAACUCCUGCCAGAUCAUCAUUCCACAGAACCAAGUCAAUCGGAAGUCAGACAUCUACGUCUGCAUGAUCUCCUCUGCACACAAUGUCGCCGCCCAAGGGAAGUACAUCGCCAUAGUCAGCACAACUGUGGAGACCAAGGAGCCUGAGAGAGAGAUCAGACCAGCUCUGGAGCUCUUGGAACCUAUCGAACAGAAAUUUGUUAGCAUCAGUGACCUCCUCGUACCAAAGGAUCUGGGCAAAGAAAGUCAGAUCUUUAUUUCUCGUGCAUACGAUGCCACAACUCACUUUGAGACAACCUGCGACGACAUUAAAGACAUCUAUAAGAGGAUGACAGGAUCAGAGUUUGACUUUGAGGAAAUGAAGCGCAAGAAAAACGACAUCUAUGGGGAAGACUAACGGCAGUACGCGCUCCUAGCUAGUUAGGACACGUUUAUAAUUUGGCAAAUGAUGCAUAUUACACAAGAGCAAUAUUGUAAGGCCUGCUUUUGUAACCAGAACUGAGAUCAGAGCACUGUACCAGAAAUACUGCUCCCCUUUCUAAUAUCAUGUAUUAACUUUUUCCAUGGAAAAAAGUGGCUGUUCAGAGUUGGCAGGUUACCACAUUCUGUUCAACUUGACCUUAAUUUGCUUUUCUUUUUCUAGUGAAAGAUCAGUUUAAAAAACAUACUGAUGCAAGGAACUCGAUACAGUGUUUGUAUCUUUUAAUCGGCGUAACCUUUGCAAUUAUGUGCUUAGCUGCUCAAGAACCGGCCAUGUCAUCUCUCCUUGACAUCAGGGAGCUUUGAAUUGAAUAUCCACGGUUUGGGAGAGCAUCCCUUUACCUUUGUGUUUUGUGUCCUGUCAAGUAUGCUGGUAGAGCCCACACGGCACAGCCAUACUUUGGUUCACGUGGGCCUAAAAUCCUAAUCAAACUGGACUGUUGAGUCAUUUUGGAGGGUCUGUGUGCGGUGUUUUAACCUAGUAACACUGGGGGAGGAAAAUUACAAAGCAGGUAAAAUGUAGAAGCUUCUUUUGUAUCCCAGGUGUGGCUUCUUCAAUGGACCAAGCUGCCAUGCAGUAUUGAUUUGACAGGGCCUCUACUCUAAUGAUGUCUGUCUCAAAAAUGGCUCCAAAUGAUUUCUGUACUGCAAAAUAAAGCCAAACUUGAAACCA